CGACUUAGUAACUCAUAAACAAUACAGACGCUGCGGAGGUUGAUCUGUGGCAGCGUGUUGGAGGGUGUCAGAAGCACUUGCUCCGGAGUAUCGACCGUAACGUUUCAUUUUCAGCUGUGAAAAUGGCUGAAGUUGAUAUGCAGAACCGAGAUCCCAACAACAUCAACGACCAUUUGAAGGUCCAGUUUGAGGAUGUCUUGGCAGAGCCCGAAGGUGCACACAGCAUUGACUGCUGCUGGAAGUUUACCAACACAUGCUUCAACUGCGCCUUCAAAUGCUGCUACAUGUUGAUGACCCUGUGUGGACCUAUCUACGGUCUCUGCUAUGGUUGGCAGUACGCCAUGCUUGCCUGUGCUCAUAUUUGGCAGUACACACCACAGAUCAGAGCUUGCGAGAUCGACUGCAUCAUGUUCAGGAAAAUAUACACCAUCUGCCUCAACUGCUGCCUGACGCCAUUCUGCGAGUCCUGUGGUGCCUUCUUCAGCAGGAUACAAGUCAAACAGUAACAAUAAUGUCUGCAACUGCCUGAUCUGCUGGCACAAGUUUUGGAAUACUGUUACAGUAUAUUCGGAUUUUUCCAUUGAUUUGUAAAAAGACUUUAAAAAAGCACUCACGCGUGUUACUUCACACGUCAGGGCAAAAGUAAUAACUACCACGGGAUGCAGCCACUUUGCAGAAGCAUUAACCUAUGGAGCUGUUUGACUAAAUAUUUAUCCAUAAUUCCAUUUUGGGGGUCGCGAUUAUAUUAAUAUUUUCUAUGGAAAAAUCAGGUGACACAAAUUUCGCUUUGUUCGUCUGUGUCAAGAUACUGUCUUAAUAUAAGACCUGGACAUAAACCUGCACAUAAACACUCAACUAACACAUGGCUGUGAUCAAUAAACAGUAUUUACAACAAACGUUGUAUGUUAUAAAGAGAAUAAACAAGAUGUACAGUUCUAA